AUAGCCAACUACCAGGACCUGUUGGGCAGCCAUCAUCAACUGCUCAUAGCCGCCACCGCCGCCGCCGCUGCAGCAGCCGCCGAACCGCAACUGCAACUGCAACAUCUGUUGCCAGCAGCGCCGACGACACCAGCAGCCAUUAGCCAUCCGAUAAGCAAUCCGAUCAAUUCGAUAAGCCCAAUCAGUUCGAUUAGCCCGAUCAGUCAGAUCAGCAGCCACAACCCGAACCACAACAACCAGCAGGCGGUGUUUGAAAAAGCCAUCACCAUUUCGUCGAUUGCGAUAAAACGCAGGCCGACGCUGCCGCAGACGCCAGCAAGUGCCCCACAGGUGUUGUCGCCGUCGCCCAAGCGCCAGUGUGCCGCCGCCGUCUCCGUGCUGCCGGUGACCGUUCCCGUGCCCGUUCCGGUCUCCGUGCCGCUGCCCGUCUCCGUGCCCGUGCCCGUCUCGGUCAAAGGUCACCCGAUCUCGCACUCACACCAGAUCGCCCACUCGCAUCAGAUCUCGCAUUCGCAUCCGAUCUCGCAUCCGCACCACCACCAGCUGAGCUUCGCCCAUCCCACGCAGUUCGCGGCCGCCGUUGCCGCCCACCACCAACAGCAGCAGCAAGUGCAGCAGCAGCAGCAACAACAGCAGCAGCAGCAAGUGCAGCAGCAACAGGUUGCCUACGCAGUUGCCGCCUCACCGCAGUUGCAGCAACAACAGCAGCAGCAACAGCAGCGACUGGCCCAGUUCAAUCAGGCGGCAGCAGCAGCUCUCUUGAAUCAACACUUGCAGCAGCAACAGCAGGCCCAGCAGCAAUCUCUGGCCCACUACGGAGGCUAUCAGCUGCACAGAUACGCACCCCAGCAACAGCAACAGCAGCAACACAUCCUGCUGAGCACCGGCAGCAGCAGCAAGCACACCAGCAAUAGCAACAGCAACAGUAACAGCAACAACACAGCAGCAACAUCAGCGGUUGUGCCAAUAGCAACAUCCGUUGCUGCAGUGCCGACCAGCGGCGGCAGCUUGCCGAACAGUCCCGCCCACGAAUCGCAUUCGCACGAGUCCAACUCCGCGACCGCCUCCGCGCCGACCACGCCCUCGCCGGCAGGCAGCGCCACCAGCGCCGCCCCCACAGCGACAGCAACAGGAACCGCUGCGGCAGCAACAACAGCAACUGGCGCACAAGCAACGUCGGCCGUUAGCGACAGCAACAACAACCUGAACAACAGCAACAGCAGCCGCGACAGCAGCAACAGCAACGCCAUAAUGGAGAAUCAGAUGGCUUUGGCCCCACUGGGACUUUCGCAGAGCAUGGACUCCGUGAACACGGCCAGCAAUGAAGAAGAGGUUCGCACACUUUUUGUCAGCGGUUUGCCCAUGGAUGCCAAGCCGCGCGAGCUUUAUUUGUUAUUCAGAGCCUACGAGGGCUAUGAAGGAUCUCUUUUGAAAGUAACUAGCAAAAAUGGCAAAACAGCAUCGCCCGUUGGCUUUGUGACAUUCCAUACAAGAGCUGGAGCAGAGGCAGCUAAACAGGAUCUGCAGCAGGGUGUACGCUUCGAUCCCGAUAUGCCCCAAACAAUUCGCUUGGAAUUCGCCAAGAGUAACACGAAAGUGAGCAAACCCAAACCACAGCCCAAUACAGCGACAACAGCCUCACAUCCUGCAUUGAUGCACCCACUCACUGGACAUCUGGGUGGGCCCUUCUUUCCGGGCGGACCGGAGCUAUGGCAUCAUCCGCUAGCCUACUCGGCAGCCGCCGCCGCUGAAUUGCCCGGAGCAGCUGCCCUGCAGCAUGCAACACUAGUGCAUCCGGCCCUGCAUCCGCAGGUGCCAGUGCGCUCCUAUCUCUGACUAAAUACAGACAAAGUAAUGGAGCAGCCUAUGCAUCAAACUCAAAUGACCAUGCCGCCACAUCAUCAGACAACUGCUAUUCAUCCCGGAGCCGCGAUGGCUCACAUGGCUGCGGCUGCGGGAGCGGCCACCGCUGCUGCCGCUCCGCAAAGUGCCGCUGCGACGGCCGCCAACAAUGUGGCUGCGGCCGCUGCCGCUGCAGCUGCUGCUGCUUCGCACCACCACUAUCUGUCGAGUCCGGCGCUGGCCAGUCCCGCCGGAUCCACCAACAACGCCAGCCAUCCGGCCAACCCGCAGAUCGCGGCCAAUGCGCCCUGCUCCACGCUGUUCGUGGCCAAUCUGGGCCAGUUUGUAUCCGAGCACGAACUGAAGGAGGUGUUCUCUAGUAUGCCUGGCUUUUGUCGCCUACGAAUGCACACAAAAGCCAUGGCAGCAGCAACUGGCUCAAGCUGCUCCACCAGUAACGGCGGCGGCAGCAGCAACAACGCUGCGGUGCAGCAACAUCCGGUGGCAUUCAUCGAGUUCAAGGACCCACCGAGCGCAUCUCAGGCCAUGCAGCAGCUGCAGGGUAAAUAUCUGCUCAGCUCGGAUCGCGGUUCCAUUCGCAUCGAGUUUGCGCGCAGCAAAAUGAUCAAUGAGAUGGCCAUCAUGACCACCAAGGCACCGCCACCACCACCACCCCCUGCUGCACCACCACCACCCAUGUUCAUCCUGAACGGCGGCGGUGGGGUCGAGCACUUGCUGGUCACUGCACCACCGCCGUCGGCACAACAGCAACAGCAACUCCAGAUGCAGCAACUGCAACAGCAACUGCAAAUGCAGCACCACCAGCAUCAGCAAAUGCAGCAGCAGCAACAGCAGCAGCAGCAACUUCAGCUGACCGUGGCAGCACCCUGCACCGCAGCAAGCACCACCACCAACAGCACCACCACUAGCGUUGUUGUUAACUCACUACAGCACCACCAACUUCAUCAUCCAAAUCAGCACCACCAAAAUCAUCUCUUUAGAGACCAGCAACAUCAGCAGCAAGCAACAAUCCAGCAGCAAUCAGCAACAACAAGAGCGGGUAUGGAAUCACGGCAUGAUUUGCUCGCUAAGAAGCUAGAGCGCGAAAUGCAGCAACAGCAGACGCAAGUGCACCACCAGACGCAGCAGCAACAGCAACAGCAGCACCACCAUGCAGCAGCGCAGCACUACCACCAUAGCCACCAGACAGCGCACCACCAGCACCACCAGCAGCAGCAGCAGCAGCAGCAGCAACAACAGCAGCAGGCACAACAGCAACACCUGAGCCACCACCACCACCAUCAUCAUCAGCAACAGUUCUUGAUGACGCCGACAGCAACCUGACCCGGUGGCAACUUGAGCCACCAUUAUGCGACGCCGCACCACCACCUCCACCAGCCGCACCACCAACAGCAGCAGAUGCAGCCGCACCACAUCUAUUCGUACGUGCUGCCGGCGGUCAGUCACAUAGCAGCCUGAUGAAAUCACAUUUGAGUUUGAUAAACGAGGGCAAACAAAGCUCCGCAUGCAACGGAUCCAUGCGAGGAGGCAAACCUUUAGUUCUAGAUAUAAAAAAUAUAUAAAAAAUGCAAAAAAAAAAAAACAAAACAAAAUAAAAAAAACGCAAAAAGAAGUUAAUUUAUAUGUGACAGAAAGAAAAGGCAGACCCCGUAACCCAGUUUAGUGAAAUUUUUCGACAGGCAACAAAAAAGAUUGUAGUGGAAACCAAAAACGGGAUAAACUUGUAGUAAAAUAUACAAUUUACGAUAGAUCGGAAGCUGAGCGAACUACUUACUAAGUUAGUUGCAAUACAUCCGAUAUGCCCCUAUAAACGAAUACACAUAUAUACAUAAACCUAUAUAUAUAUAACGUAUAUAUGGCAUGCUGAUCAAGAAUUUGUUGUUUAUUUACACCUAUUUAGUGUUUUUUUUAGCUUGAUAAAUUGAUUUUGUUUAAAGGUUUUUUGUUUGAAAUUAUUAGUUUCUUUUAUUGUUACUACUCCCUCGUUCAUCCCCGAUCUUAACCGACUUUUAACAAAUGGAAUUGAGACAUAAAAUUCUUAUUCUUUUACUUUUUUUUAUGUAUCAAGCAGUAUAAGAGAAUAAAAUGAAGUUAAGGACGAAGAAAAAUAUAUAAUUAUAGCUUAACCGAAUGUGCCCUUUAAAUAGCUCUCUUUCUAGAAUUAUAAAAAAUAAUACGAAACAAAACCAAAACAAUUUAAAUAUAUGCAUUAAUGUAAUAAUUGUAUAUCUAGUAAGGUAAUUUUCAAAAUGUUACUCAACAAGAAAAUUCUACAAGUCAACCACAACGAGUAGUCGACGUCAUCGUAUAAAUUUAAAUUUAUAUUGAGGAAUACUGAAAGCUGGUUUCGAAACAUAUUUCUUAAAAACGUAAGAAUAACAAAAUUUAAAUGUGAAUUUGAAAUUUACCCGAUAGGACAUAUCGACGACUUGGGAUGAACGUUGCAGGUGCGCUGUAGUGAAGCAAAGACUCGAACAAAACGAUUUUUAACAAAAAAGAAAAGCUGAAACGAAACUUUAACAGAAACUGGCACAGGACACUCUAAACUUUCCGCCCAGAAACAUAUGUUUUCUUUUAAAAGUUUGGUUCAUCAUUUUCUGCGUUUCCCCUACAAAGACUUGAACUUUACUAGAGGGCCCCCAAACCUAAAGGACUCCAUCUAAAUAUUGAGAAACUAUUCCUAACUAACUUUCGAAAUGCUAGAACAAUCAAAUCACAUUUCUUGCUAAACCAACGAUCGAUUUAGUGGGGGGAGGGCGCAGGAUGAGAUCGGAUGAGGUGGGGAGAGUGUAGAAGAGGUAACAGCAAACAAGGACGAGUAAAUAAAAUCAAUUGCAUAUCAUCUUACGUAGCAAGCAUAAAUCGAGUAUGUAUAACUACAAAAAAGAACAAAAAUAAAUUCAAUUGUAACUAAACGCAAGAAAACAGCAGAAACCAACUACAAUUAAUGAUUAAUGAAAACAAUGUAAAGCUUAAAUGCUAACAACUAUAUAUAGUUAAAUACGAAAACAAUUUAUAAGCAAGCUUUUUACAUGAUAAUUUUCAACUUUUUUUUUAAAGAGUUCGUUCAGCCUUGUUUAAACCAAUUUAAGCAUAUAUAUAUAUAUGGAUAAAAUCUUCAAAUUUUACCAAAGUUGUCCUUACUAAUUUAACAAGUUAUGUUAACCACUUCACAAACAAUUUGUUAAACAAAAAAACAGAUAAGACCCACGAGUAAUUCAACUAAUUUUAAAUGUUUUUUAAAGUUUAGUUUAGGGUAAAUGUGACUAGACAUACCAAAGGCAUAUUUGAAAAAAAACACAAUUGUUAAGAGAUAAUAUGAAAAAAACUAAAGAAAAAGAUAAAUUAAUUUGGUAAAGUUGUAACCCUUUUCUACACAUUUCUCUUAAAAUAUUUACUUAUUUAAUUUCCUGUCUAACUUUAGUCGAAUGUAAAAUGCAUAUUCCGUCCAAUUACAUUUCUUGCUUUCCUCUUGCCCAAAAAUAUCAUCUCUUCGCCAGCGUCGCGUUGGUUUGAAAAGCAUCAUCAUUCGAAGUUAAGAACAGAGGUCUACUUAUAAGUCUGCAAUCCUAACACACACACACACGCACACGUUCGCCACAAAGACAAGUAAAUUAGUUAAAGUUUUAGCCUAUAAGCAAGGAAAUGUUUAAUUAUACAUAAUAUACUAAUGCAUAUCAUAAAAUUGCGCCUUUCAAAACAAUUAUGAAAAAAAACAAACAAGCAGCCCGCUGACGGAAAACAAAAAUAUUUACAACUACAAAUAAGCAUAAAUAACAAAACAAGAUUUAAUAGAUGCUAACAAAUAUUUUCGAAAUUAAUUUUUAGCGCCUAAGAGUGGUCAAAGAGCCCAAAAGUAUGCAACAAAAGCAAUGAGGAAUACGCAUAAGUGUGUGUCUGUGCAUGUGUGUGUGUGUGUGUGUGUGCAUUUGGGAAAAUCUUGUGCAAUUUUCAUUCACGACAGAAAGCAAAGAGGGAAAACCAGCGCGGUGGAAGGUUGUUAAGUCCCCACCCCCAAAAACCACUUCGAGGCUUGAUUUCCAGACAUUCUUUAAUCUAAAUUUCAUAGCUAUAUACUUACAGAUUUUACAAAUCUGCAGCAAGCUAAUAUUGAACUAGAUAUUGGGAAUAUCCCAGCAAAAGCAGAAGAAAAGAGGAAAACCUAGCUCGUAAACGAUAAACUAAAGAAAGCUAAAAUGAAUGAAUGACAGAAAACCUAAACUAAACAAUAUGAAUUAUGGGAACAUUAUAUGAAUAUAUAUACACACACAUAUAUUAAAACAAUUUUGAAACAAACGAAAACUAAAUAACAAUUACAAAAAAACGUAAAAAUAACAAAUACAUAUCAGCAAACGGAUAAUGAACAAAAUGAGAAGAAACUUUUACAAGAAAAAUUAUUAAGGAAAAAUAAAACCGAUAUGUUUUGAUGUGGUUUUUAAAUUUUUAAACAUUGUAAGCGUAAAAAGGCAGAAAAGCAGUUACCAAAAAAAGGGGAAGAAAGCAUAACUGAAUGAAAGCUUAGUAAUAGAUUAUGAAACUACUUACAUAAAUGCUAGCUAUACGCUUACAUAGUAAUGGCAUAUCUACAUAUGUGGCAGCAGUAAUAGAAAGACAGUAAAAAGUAACAGUAAUUAUAAAGCAGUAACAGUAAAUAUUCUAUUCUAUUGUAUUUAUUGUAUUUGCUAUAAUUUGCGUCUCGAAAAUAUUUUCUUUGUUUAAUUUAAGUUCCCCCCCAAAUUGCCUUAUGUUUGCCUGAAAAAAACUAUAUUAACAACAAUUCAAUACUAAUUUCUAAGUAAUUUAUAUGUAUAUGUAUUGUAUACCUCUAUUAUAAACCCAUAUAUAAAUAUACUUAUAUCAUUUGUGUAGCCUUAACUUAGAACUUUUCAAUUGACGGUAUUAAUUAUGCAUAAUAAAACUUUAUAUUUUGUUCGUUAAACAAA